AUGCAGACAAGGAGGCUCAAACGGAAAUGCAACCGAGAACUGCCCUCGUGUGGGUUGUGUCUUCGCUUGGGCAAGCCGUGUGGCUAUCCACUCAAGCAACAACAGGAUACAGCGGAUGAUACCGACUUCUUGCUACAGAAGAUUCAGCAACUCGAGCACCGACUGGAGGUCGCACAGUCGGGCACCACAGCGGGCGUGGUGGGGGUUCUGACUCCUCCAUCCGGGUCGCGAGCAUCUCUUCUCUCUGGGAAUCCGAGCAACCGACUGCUCGCUGCAACAGGGCCAUUCACCUUUCCAAAGGCAAUCAUCCUCGAUGCGGACCUCUUCACACCGUUGCCGCGACCUGGAAUGCACGACAACAUCGCAUGGAACACCCCGCGCGAGGUCCUCGACAGCCUUGGCUUGGACGUCGAGGCCAUGUGCGAGACGUACUUUGCCAGUGCGUACAAGUGGUUUCCCAUGCUCAGUAGGAAGCGACUAGCACAGAGUCUGACGAAGUCUUCGUCCGAGUUGCAUCCCGCCGUUGCGCUGCUUCUGCUUUGUAUGAAGCUGUUGACAGAGCCGCUGCAAGCACACGACGCGCCGGAGACGCCGCUCUACCAGUUGACCAGACAGUAUCUUUCUGCUAUCGAGAACGCUGGGUCGAGCAACCUUCUUCUGGUGCAGGCCAUCAUCCUGACCGCCAUUUACGAGCUCGGUCAUGCCAUUCACCCGGCCGCCUAUCUCAGUAUCGGCCGUGCGGCAAGGAUCGGACAUCUGCUGGGCCUUCACGACAAAGACCAUGCUACUCAAAUGUUCAAGGCGCCCGACACAUGGACGUUGUGCGAGGAGGAGCGUCGGACAUGGUGGGCGGUCGUCAUUCUCGAUCGCUAUGUGCAAUGCGGAAUGACAGGCGUGUCGCUCGCCACAUGCGAACCACUCCAGGGUGAACUUCUACCUUGCAACGACAACGACUGGUCUCAAGGACUGGUCGGAUCGAAUGAUCCUCUCUUCACGGCCAGUCCGUCGUUAGCGUCUCCUGGCAUAUCCUUCGCGACCCUCUGCCGUGCAUCACACAUGCUCGGACGCGUGCUACGACACAAAAGCGACCAUAUCUUGGAAUUCGCCGACAAACUGGCAGAAGCGUUCCAACUGCAUCGAGCCCUCCAGUCGCUCGAGCGGUCCUUUACAUGUGAAGCGACCCGUGAGGAGAUCAAGACAUGUGAUCUGCCCAGGGCGGUCGUGUGCACGGCCCGGUUGAUACUGUACAAUAUCUACGCCUGCAAUGAACGAUACAGCGCCUACAAGCUGGGCCAAGAAACAGAUAUGCAGAAGAUCUCCGUGGAGGGCUUGUCGACAGCCGCGCUCACGGUUGCGCAGAUCGCCCAGCGCUUCAAGCAAGACUGGGAGGCGGGCGUGAGAGGCCAUCCGCCCCUGCUGGCUCAUUGCAUGUAUCAGGCUCUUGGCGAGUGUGCGUGGUUUGUGCGCGAAGAUCCCAGCCCACAAAUGCAGUAUGCCUUUGACACCAUUGCAACUGCCUUGAAGUGUAUGGCACAUCAAUGGAGAGUUUGUGAUGAAUAUCUGAAACUGUUCGAGGGCUCAGAGGGCAUGACCGUCGGCUGA